GUCCUUUAAGCUGAAUGUUAAUAUCAAAGUAUGCAUGUCAUACCAGAUAAAAAUAUCUCUAUUAUAAAAAAACACAACUAAGUUAAGAAAAGCAGUUACUUUCUGAUAUUAGUUUUGUAAUUUCAAGUAAUUGAAGUAUUUUUUUUACAUGAUUUAUGAUAGUUGUCAAUAGUAAAUAUGAUAUUCAAAAGUACACAUGUGAAAGCAUUAGUUGACAUUUAUAGUAAUAAAUGUAUUUUAAAAGGUAAUACAACACAAAAGAGUUUUAGAUCUUUUCUUAUACGGAAUCUAUAUGAUACUUCUACGUCCAGUGAAACUAUUUCUUUUGAAAACCAAUUAAAAGAAGUAUUCAAAUUUAAAAAUAGCAAUAUUUGUAAUUGGAUUGUUGAGAACAAAGCUCGUAUUUUAUGUAGUAGAUACCAAGAAAGUAGCAAAAAUGACAAGGAAAAAAUUUUGCGCAUCUUAGCAUUUAAAUAUGCUGUUCAACAUCCUGUUAUAUUCAAUAUAGCAGAAAGAUUUGUGUCUACAGAGCCGAACAAUGAGAGGCGUAUAGUUUCUUAUGAACGAAAUUUAAAAAAUGCUUUGACACCAGAUUACCAAUGGUUGUUUAUUACAAUUGGAAGACUUCAAAAUGGUGUAAAAUUUCUUGUUGAUUUAAGGACAGAUAUAUUAGAAUUAAUAUUAAAAGCUAAAGACACAGAGGAAAGUAUUGCAAUCCAGCAAUUGAAUAUUACCUUACGUGAUUUAUUACUACUCUGGUUUUCAGUAGGAUUUCUACAUUUAGAAAGAAUAACAUGGCAAACUUCAUGUGACAUUCUACAAAAGAUUUCAGAUUAUGAAGCAAUACAUCCCAUAAGAAAUUGGUUAGAUUUGAAACAAAGAGUUGGACCAUAUAGAAGAUGUUAUAUUUUUACUCAUCCUUCAAUGCCACGAGAACCUCUUGUUGUAUUGCAUUCAGCAUUAUGUGAUAUUAUACCAGAUAGUUUAAGAGGUAUUGAAGAAGCGAAGGUCAGAAUUCUUGGUAAUCCAAAAACAGAAGUAACAUUUUUAGAAGAAGAUAAAUGCAAAAUAAAGACUGCAAUAUUUUAUUCAAUAACUUCCACACAGAAAGGAUUACAAGGUAUUGAACUUGGUAAUUAUUUGAUAAAAGAAGUAGCAAAACAAGUGUUAUCAGAAUUUCCUAUGAUAACCGAAUUAUCUACUUUAUCACCAAUACCUAAUUUUAGAACUUGGUUUUUAGAAAAAACAAAACAAGAUAUACAUAAUGUGUUCACAAAUGAAGAAUACGAAUCUGUACAAAAGGUUUUAAAUAAUGAAAAUAUUGUUUUGGGUUUAAAAAAAAUUUUUAAUAAUUCAUUAUGGACUCGUGAUAUUGCAAUAUGCGAAAUUUUGCGGAAGCCAUUACUUAGGGCAUGUGCAUGGUAUUUAUAUAAGGAGAAGAGACGAAAUUAUGCUUUAAAUAAUGUUGCAAACUUUCAUCUUCGUAAUGGAGCUGUUAUGUGGAGAAUAAAUUGGCUGGCUGACCCUUCACCACGUGGUGUUGGAAAUAGCUGUGGAAUUAUGGUAAACUAUAGAUAUUACCUAGAUGAAUGUGAAAAACACAGCCAAAAUUACAUUGAAAAUUAUUUUAUAAACACAUCUGAAGAUAUAAUUAAUCUUGCUAACCAGUUCGAAAAAUUAUAAAACAAAUUUUACGAUUAUAAACAGGAAGUUAUUCAAUCUUUUUCUAAGAAUAUUUUUAAUGUGAAAAAUAUAUAAUUAGAAGUCUAUGUAACGGAAUAAAAGGAAAAUAUAUUUUAAAUAAUGGUACAAUUAUAAGCUAGAAAUGGAAUUGAGUCAUACGUAAUAAAUUUUUAUAGAUUUAUGAUAA